ACUCGAAGAAACAGAUUAUAUUAUUGUUGUGUUUUGGGGGCUUAGGGAACUUAUAUUUGUUUUCUCUUCGAGUUUCAGGUCUAACCCUUACCCUAACAAUUCAGCCAUGUCUUCCAAGCAAGGAGGGAAAUUGAAGCCCUUGAAGCAGCCCAAGUCUGGUAAGAAGGAAUAUGAUGAGCAUGACAUGGAGUUACUGCAGAAAAAGAAGGAAGAAGAAAAGGCACUUAAAGAACUUAGGACCAAGGCAUCACAAAAGGGAUCAUUUGGAGGCGCAGGGCUUAAGAAAAGUGGGAAGAAAUAAGAGAGCAAUCUCCUCAAUGUAAAAAAUUCUCAAAUCUCCCUUCUUGUUGGG